UGAGGUACAUGGAGUCAUGGGCCACUUAUAAGAGAUCCGGAAAGGCUGACCGACUCUGUUCGUGACCCUACCGUUUUAGUUCUGUCUUGUCCCAUCGGUUUGCUUCGAGCUAACGAACCGCAGAGCAACCGUCAUGGCCAAGCUAACCCUCUUCCUCGCCUUCGGUCUGGUCGUCACGCUGGGACUUAUCGUGACUGAGACUGAGGCCUGGUCGCUCUUCGCCCGGAACGAGCAAGCCAGCGCUGAGAACGCCAACGCUGACAGGUCAGAAGAAGCCAACGCUGCGAACGCCAACGCUGACAGGUCAGAAGAAGCCAACGCAGAGAACGCCAACGCUGACAGGUCAGAAGACGCCAGCGCUGACAGGUCAGAAGACGCCAACGCUGACAGGUCAGAAGAAGCCAACGCUGAGAACGCCAACGCUGACAGGUCAGAAGAAGCCAACGCUGAGAACGCCAACGCUGACAGGUCGGAAGAAGCCAACGCUGAGAACGCCAACGCUGACAGGUCGGAAGAAGCCAACGCUGAGAACGCCAACGCUGACAGGUCAGAAGAAGCCAACGCAGAGAACGCCAACGCUGACAGGUCAGAAGACGCCAACGCUGACAGGUCAGAAGACGCCAACGCUGACAGGUCAGAAGACGCCAAUGCUGACAGGUCAGAAGACGCCAACGCUGACAGGUCAGAAGAAGCCAACGCUGAGAACGCCAACGCUGACAGGUCAGAAGAAGCCAACGCUGAGAACGCCAACGCUGACAGGUCAGAAGAAGCCAACGCUGAGAGUGCUAACGCCGAAUGAGCGCCUCGCCCAAAGUCUAGCCACAAAAAGAAGACUACGCCAGCACGUCUUUCACUCCAAAUUAGCUCAUCUUAAAGUACAAGAACCAUGGGGGGCAGAUAAUAAAACUUGUUUCUUUGAACGUGUUCAGUGUUA